AUGGCGUCCACCCAAAACACAAGCGCGUCUUUACGCACCCGCGUUCUCAAGACCGGUUUUUAUGCUCUUGGGACUUCAUCCUUCGCAUACAGCUUUUACCUUCUCACCACGUGGGAAUCGAGCUACUCGGUUUCUUUUGGGUGGUAUUUCCAGCUCCUUACCGUCGUAGGCCUUGCCACGUCUCUCGUCACAUUCUCCCUCGGUCUCGCUGCAGACCUCACCCUCAAGGAUGUAUUCUCACGGGCUAAAAACGCCACGUCCGUCCUUGCGACGCCUCUCGAGGUUCUCAUUGCGGUUUUAUACUGGUCAAUUAGGAUGCAUGACCCAGCGUUGCUAAUGCCAGAAGACCUUGUGAUUGAUCCUUUGCCGGAUCUCGGUUUUCAUCUCGUGCCAGCAGUACUCCUGGUUCUGGACUUUCUGCUGCUGAGUCGGGGAGCGACAAUUACCACACGCGGCAUGAUGACGUUAAGCACAGUUUUGGCUGUGGUUUAUUGGUGCUGGAUUGAGUUGUGUUUCUACCAAAAUGGCUGGUAUCCUUAUCCUAUGAUGGAUAAGUUCUCUGCGGCUCAGCGGGUUACAAUCUUUGUUGCGUCAGCCGGAUUGUUAACGUUGUCUUCGUCAGGUCUUCAAUGGAUACAUGGCAAGAUCCACAGCACUGUGACGAAGAAGGACAGAGUCGAUUAA